AUGACGUACGCCUCCCACUGCGCUCAACUAUUUCCAAGUCAAGCUGCCGGAUCGCAGGAAAGAUUUGAUAAGGACGACCCUGAUGGACCCCGCCAGAUCCCUGCGGCUCCGGCUCCGCGGAUUCAACCGGAGCAGCCACGCCUCGCUCCCACACUCUCCAUCACCGGGGGCAUACUGGACGCUGCCCAGGUUGCUGCUGCCAUCCGCAGUUUCAUGGCAGACAGCACCCCUCCGAUCCCCGCCGUCAGUCCACCCCAAGCUGACUCCUCCGACUCCGACGGGGGCGGGUCAAGCACCAACGGCGACGAGACCAAUAACUUGUGGUAUACUCCCGUCCACCUCCUCGAAGCAGGGGACGUUUGUCUCAUCCUCCCCGACUUCAUCCAGCAGCUCCAAGACAUGGAUUCAGGGUUAACCCAAGCUGAAUUCCUUGAAUUGCUUCAGAGAGCGUUCAGAGAUGCCAACAACUCUGAUGGAUUCCACAGAUUGUCUGACAUAGUUGAGGAGAACCGUUGGAUUACCAAUGACGCUCCUCUUGUGUUGACAGACAGAUCGACUGGGACUUCUGUCAUGAAGAUGAAAAUUACUGCAAAACUUAUUCAGCUGAUCUGGCUUGAAUUAGAUGGGCAGAAUUGGAAGUCAUGCCAGGAAGUCAAAAAGGAAUGCUGCUUUCGAGAGGUUGUCGGGCAAUCUGUAGAAGAGCUCCUUGAUGUUGCACUUUCAUUCAGCAGCGCAAGGUGGUCUGCUGAUCAUGCAUCGCAAAUGCCAACCAUCUUUGAUGCACUUGUCGAUGUCCUAUAUACCAUAAGGGAAUUGACUUUCAGCAGUACUGAGUUCAUGCAUGAUGUGGUUGCUCAUGUUUUUCGCAAGAUGGUGGUUGAUUUGAGAGGAAUGCUUGAGGGGACUACCAGUGACAUGCAUCGCAUCAGAGAAUGUGCCAUCCAUCCAGCAACCGUUCUUCUUGUACGAUACCUGGAAUUUUUCUAUCGCAGCGGGGACAUGAUGCAGUUUGUACUUGGCACUGGGGAUUGGACUAUUGAGCUUAGCAUGAUCUAUGCUUGGGCCUCCAAGCUCAGUGAAGAUGCAAAAGCAAUGUUCCCAGCAAAGGGUCAAAGGUACAUAUACAUCUUGAAUAAUAUGGAUUUUGUUUAUCAACUGAAGUAUCAUCCCGGAGGAUGCCUUUCCAGUGAAGAACUGCAGAGGGGUCUCUGUUCGCUGAUCCAUCAGCACAUACAGAGCUACCUUGACGAAUGUUGGGUCCCGCUUGUGGGAUAUUUGGGUGUUGAUUCUCUGAAGAGAUUUCUUGAAGAGUUCUUUACCAUAUGUGAUAGUCAGAUGACAUGGAAAGUUCGUACUGUGCUCAAGGUGACACUGCGUCGGGAGAUUGUGGGGUUGGUUGUUCCAAAUUAUGAGAACUUCUUACAGAAAAAGUCCAGUUCGCACCGGACUUCCUGGUUGAAGGCCAGAUCUGGGAAACCAAUGUAUACUGCUGUGUGGUUGGAAGAGAAGAUAGGUGAAUUCUUUGAGAGAUAA